GCCCGUCUCAGGACCAAUUCACAGAUGGGUAACCUGCUGCAUAUGAGCUAAAGAGCGUGCUUUCCCCAAACAAUUGUAUGAAAACAGGCUAAACAAGAGGCCACCUUCCUCCCUGCCUACAGGCUCAUCCUUCUCCACAUGCAGUUCCCUGGCUGCUGGAAGAUGACUUGUGUGUGCAGACCUACUGCAACUCCUUGUGCACUGCACCCCCAAAGCCGUAUUGCCUGUGUCUUGCAGCUUCGUUCUCAGGACUUGCCUCUGUCCUGCCUCAGCAGAAGAAAUCCAAGAAGAGAAGAGGGAAGGAGGUUUGCAAGGCUCAAAAGGAUCAAAGCCCUCAUGAGACAUGGGAGCAGGACUUCCUCUCUUUUGGCCCUUCCCAGAGACCCUGAGUUGUUUGAUGCCUGCAAGGCGGAGCCUGUCCAUGACAGCACAGAGGACAGGUCACAAAGGGAGGGGGUGUUGGCCCCGCAGCCCUGCUUGGCCCAAGCAGUACGGCCCGGGCCAGCCUAUGCUCUGCAGCGUGAGUGCAGCAGUGGAGGAAGGCUGGGCAGGACGAGGUCCGGGGCAGAAACGCCAGCUUCUGGGAGUUUCUAGCAACUGGAGCAAGAGCUGAGCUGCACACAGGAGCACGUUCGGCCAUGGCUGGGUGUAUUGUGCUCGUCCUGGCCAUGCUGGGCAUUGUCCUGCAGCCGCUGAAGGUCAGUGACCACAUGGAUCUGGCCACGCAACAGCGGAUGCAGCAGCACGAGAAGCAGCUGAGUCAGAAGGUAACUCAGCUGCAGCAGGAGUUUGAUGAGGUGAUGCAGGAGCCACAGAGUGGACUUUUCAGGAAAGGCAUGGUCUUCACCAUGUGGGACAUGUGGAAGUUUGCGGCCUUUGCUGGAGGCCUUGGGCUGCUCUUCAGGCUCUUCUGGAUGGCCACAGAGCAGGACUUUGACGAGUCUGACAGCAGCGGUGACGAGAGCUCCUCCAGCAGUGAGGAGGAGGGGGAAGGUGAGGAGCAGGAGGAUGUGGGUGCUGCGCACCGGCUCUCUCCUGAACAGCAGCUGGACUCCCCAGGCAGGAGGGCCCUGGAGACCUUCUAUGAGCAGCACCUCUGGGGGCCAGUGCAGGACGUGGCCCACACAUGCAAGGUGGUGGAGGAGCUGGUGGGCAACCUCCUUCAGGCCUGCCAGAUCAUCUCUUUGAGAACUUUCCUGCCACGGCUGGAACAGUGCAUCGGCGUGGGCAGUGCCUUUGAAGGCUGGAGCCACCAUGGGGAGGACACCGUCUACAAGCUACUUGUGCCCCUGAAGCCACCACCUGGGCACUCCUUCCAGCUGAACCUGGGCACCACACGGGGCCUGCCGGCGAGGCACGGCCGUGUCUGCGUGAACCUGGAGUGCAUGUGCGAGCGGGAGCAGCUGCUGGGGGAUGUGUUUUGCUUCCUGCACCACUCCCAGAGGCACUUGCGCAGAUAUCAGCACCCUGAACUCCUGCAAACCCUCUGUACUGGCAUCUACUUGGACGUGGAGAAAACCACCCGCUGGUUCCAGCUCUGUGUGAGAAAUGCCUGGGACGUGAUUGCUGAUGAACAAAGCUGCCAGCUGACGGUGCUGCCCUCCUCCCGUUUCUGCAAGCUCCAGUUCACAUACGACACUGGGAAGAUCAUACACAUUGAGCUAAUGCUGGGGGUGCAGCAGGACAACUUGGAGGUCUUCCUGGGCAGCGAGGAGGCAGAGGCCGACCUCACCAGCAGCACAAUGUGGGUGGAGAGCUGUGCCCUGCAAGACCUGCUGUUCUUCAGAUUUGUGGACAGGCAGGCCCCCAAUGACAGCUGCCACCUGACAUGUCUGCAGCUCCUCACCUACCUCCUGGAGGACUCGGUGCUUUCCUCAGUCCACCUGAAAACAGUCACCAUGCACCUCCUGACACUGGUUCCCCCAUCAGAGUGGUGCCCGGAGCAUCUCCUGGAGCGGCUGAAUGAUGUUCUGGACUAUCUGCACCACUGCCUGGAGGAGAAACAGCUUCACCAUUUCCUCCUAGGCAAUGAGAGGGUGCCCAAGGAGAUCCCCCUGCCGCUGGCCUGCAGAAGAGGCAGGCCACUUAACCUCUUCCAGCACCUGACGCAGGAGCCGGACACCCACGCUCAGGCACUGCGCGAGUUCAGCGAGCUGCAGGAUCGUCUCAGGAGCCUGUUAGACUGACGCUGAAAGGACGUUCCAGAAAUUGAGCAAAAGCACGCUUUGGGGAACCUCACCUGAUCCCUCUGAAGACACUGUUGCAAGGAGGUGUGCGACAGAGGCUCCUGUGAUCAUUUGCACAGAGACUGCUCGUGCUUUUGGAGAGUUUCAGUUCCCCAUGGGAGCAUUACCCUGU